AUGACUAUCACCACCCCAACAACAACAAGUAUUGAACAAUUAAUUCGAGAACAACAACAUGACAUUCCUCAACAUUUAAAUUCCAUCAAGAAGAGAAUGAUUGAAUACUCUUCUCGUAACUAUCAAAUAUUUCUCAACAAUGAAAUGAUUUUUAAACACAUUAAAUACGAAUCGGAACAAUUACAGAAUCAUGUCUUGAAAUUAUUAACUAGUAGUAGUAGUAGUACUAUUACUGCUGCUACUAAUACUUCUACUACUUCUACUUUGAAUGAGAUCAAUCCAAAGGAAGAAGAGGGAGGAUCAUCUUCAAGACCAUCACUUGAACAACUCUUCUUACAAGAAUAUCAUCAAAGAGUUGAAGAAUUCUCUAAAAAUCAUUCAUCACCAUCCUUUAGUGAUUUGAAAUCCAUUGCCAAUGAAUUAUUAUUCAUCACUACCACCAACCAGAUCACCACUACUAAUACCACUACCAAUCACUAUCAUCAUGUGAGUCGUAUCACUCUCAACAAGAACAACAACAACACUACUAAUACCAACACUCUGACCACUACCACUCUCAACACUACUAAUACCAACACACAUAAUGACAAGAACAACAACAACAACAACACUACCAUCACUUCCACCUCAACACUCCAUUCUACUCUUCUUUUGGAACAAUUCAAACAAGAAUUGGAACAAUUACAACUCUUCAAUCAACAAGAAUACAAACAUGAAAAACAUAAAAUUCAAUCCUCUUUUGAUUACUAUGAUAAGAUUCAAUCCAUUUUAGAAUUACCUUCUUUAUUAAGAAUAUGUAUUCAAAAUCAAUUAUAUACUGAAUCAUUGGAUUUAUUUGAUUCUGUUCAUACUCUAUGUCAUCAAUAUCCAAAUAUAUCAUUAUUAAAUGAUAGAAUUAUGAAAGAAUGUGAGAAUUUAAUGAAAUCAAUGAUUCAACAAUUAAUUAACAAAUUGAAACAAGAUUCAUGUAGUAUUAGAAAUUCAAUUCAAAUUUUAUCUUUAUUGAAGAGAAUGCAAGUCACUCAAAAUGAAGAUGAAUUGAAAAUAUUAUUUUUACAAUGUAGAAUUCAUGCAUUGAAUCAACAAUUUGAAAUAUUGAAUCAUUUGAAUAUUAUGAAUACUAUUAAUUAUACUCCAAAUAAUACUUUUAAUUAUACUCCUAAUAAUAAUCAUCCAAUCACUUUUGAAUACAUGAUGAAAUUAACAAGUCUAUUUCGAAGUGGAUGUUUUGAUUUAAUCACACAAUACAAGUCAAUCUUUUCAAGUCAGCAAACAACAAGUUCAAUCACUAGUAGUAAUGGAAUGGAUCCAAUUCUCUCCUCAUGUAUGCUUUUUUUAAUUCAACCCUAUUUAAAUACAUUGAGUAGAUUUUUACAAAGUCAAGAAGAAGAAGAAGAGGAGGAUGAGAGUGAUGGUGGUGUUGAUGGUGGUAUUGAUCAUGAGAAUACAACUUGUCUCAAUACUACUACUACUACUACUACUAUUAAUACUUCUACUAUUAAUACCAUCAUGAAUCAUAUCACCACACCCAACACCAUCAUCACUGGUGAAGAAUAUAGAAAAUUAAUUGAUGAAUGCAUGUUCUGUGGUAAUACUCUAUGUAAAAUUGGAAUUGAUUUUAGACCACAUGUCACACAUUUAUUUACCAAAAAGAUUCAUUCUAAUUUUAAAUCUUAUUUAAGAAUGGCUGUCCAUCAAUUCAGAGAAUGUGUGGGAGUGAUGGGAAAUUACAAAUGGAGAGAACACAAAUUGAAUUCACUCACCAAUACUACUACUACGAUCAAUACUACCAAUAAUACUACUUCCUACUCUCAAACAAGAAUAUUAGAAUAUUCUCCAUUAGCUGAACUAUUGAAUGAUGUAUUGAAUGCAUUGAAUGAAUUGAAAUUCUCAUGUCCCAUCGAUUUACUCUUCAUCAUUUCUCAAUACGAUAUUCCAAAUUUAUUAAUUGAACCUAUUUGUAAGAUAUUCAUUGAAAUCAAAAAGAAACAAUUACCAUAUUUUGAAUAUUCAGAAAUUAGACAUUACAAAGGAAUGUGUCAAUGUUUUUAUGAAGAUUUCAUGACAUGUGUGGCACAACAUUUGAAUUAUUUUCUUAUGAGUGGAAAGAGUAGUAGUUCUAAUAGUAAUUCUAAUAGUAAUAGUAAUUCUAAUAGUAGUAAUUCUAAUAAUAGUAGUAAUAUUGUGAAUGAGACAAGUCCUUCUAUGGCCAUAACCACAACAAGUAAUGAUGGUAAUGUCCUAUCCAUCAAUCUUUCUCAACCUCUCUUACGUUUUGAUCCUUAUAUUGAAAGACUUAGAAAAGAAAUUCAAGAUCUCUAA